GUGACAGUGACACUGACAGAUAAAAAAAAUCAUUUUCCAUUUCGUAAAUCCCGUAAAUCUACUGACCAACCUGCAACCUCCCUUCAUGUCGCAGUUCCAAUACGAUUAUGCAGUAUAAAAACCAGCAGCUAGUUACUAAUUAAUUAUUGUGUAUAACAACAACCGUUAAAACCUACGAUGCAGUGAUACAAAAAUCGACGUCGACGCAUAAAAAUAAAUUCCUGAAACCGUACCUGCGGAACGUUGGUGUAUUUCAAUAUGUCAAAGUAUUUUUCGGUCAAUCAACAAACAAAAUUCAAGCGGAUCACAUAAACGAGAAUUCGAAUUAUUGUAAAUAAAGAAUCCGUAAUUAUGCCAGUAGUACCUUUGGAAAGACUACCUUUGCCUAAUUUGAAAGUGUAUUCUUUCGUGAGUGUUGUGGCGCUUUCGGCUUGUAUUUACUAUGCAGCGCAAAUUAUUAAGGAGCCCAAUUGGAAUUAUCCCACCGAGUUUGAUAAAAAGGAUUCUGGCAAUGCAGCUGGGGCCCGAAAUACAACUGAUGCUGAUGGAAGGACCGUGGGACAAUUCGUAUCUGAUGUGUUUACUGUUAUGAUAAGGGAACCUGUUUGUGUAUGGACAAUGAUAAACAUGGCGUUCUGUUGGUUCAUACUACUGGGCCGUGCUGUCCAAAAGUUGGUGUUCGGCGAUCUAAGAGUGUCCGAACAGCAACAGUUGCGCGACAAAUUUUGGAAUUUUGUCUUCUACAAGUUCAUCUUCGUAUUCGGCAUCAUCAACGUUCAAUACAUCGACGAGGUCCUCCUUUGGUGUUCCUGGUUCUCGUUAUUGGGCUUUUUGCAUCUUUUGUCGCAGCUCAGCAAGGACAGGUUCGAAUAUUUAUCUUUUUCGCCGCGAACGCCGUUUUGGAGUCACGUGAAGCUGAUGGCGCUACUUGCAGCCAUCUUUGCCCUGUCCGGGUUCAUGUUUGUGGUAUCCAUUUUCGUCGGUUUCUUCGGUGGACUCAACACCUUCUUCUUCAUGUUCUACGAAGUACUUCUACUCGCCAUUCGUACUCUUCACGUGAUAAUUCGGUACGCCUUUCACUUGUACGACAUCAGAAACGAGAGCACCACACCGGCGACCAGCGAAGAGAGCAGAACUCUGGAUAAGCGCGGUCCCGUAUCAUAUUACUUCGAACUCGGCUUUGAUCUAACGGCACUAAUAAUCGACCUUAUCCAUCACCUACACAUGUUGCUGUGGAGUAACAUAUUUUUGUCGAUGGCCAGUUUAGUCAUAUGCAUGCAACUUCGAUUCCUGUUUCACGAAAUCCAAAGAAAGUACAAGAAGCACAGAAAUUAUUUGUGGGUGAGAAACCAUCUCGAGCAAAACUACCCGAUGGCUACCAAAACGGAAUUGCAGGAAAACUCAGACAACUGCGCUAUCUGCUGGGAGAACAUGGACGCAGCCAGGAAGUUACCGUGCGGCCAUCUGUUUCAUAACACUUGUUUGUUAUCGUGGCUGGAGCAGGAUACCUCUUGUCCUACUUGCAGGAUGACUUUGAACAUUCAGAAUCCGUCUGUUACAAGUUUGGAACCACCGGAGCUGCAAGCCGAUCCGCAGGAGAACACCAGGCGACCUUUCAAUCACUUUUUCCAUUUCGAUGGUUCUAGAUACGUAUCCUGGUUGCCGAGCUUCUCUGUCGAAGUCAGUCACGUGCAGGCCAUCCGCCAGAACCACAUGGCCGCCACGAAUUCCCAACUGGACGCGAUGGCAAGGCAAGUGCAAACUCUGUUCCCGCAUAUUCCCUUGUCGACGAUCAUAGAAGAUUUGCGAGUGACUCGUUCCGUCGAGUUGACGGUGGAAAACGUGCUGGAUGGGAGAUUGGUGGCGCCGCCUAUGUUUAGAGACUUGAAUCUGGACGAGCCGACCGGUAGACAUACGCUGAGUUUGCUAAGCACUGAACCGGAGCCGAGUUCGAGGAAUUGGGACGAGUUUAAUACUGACAGCGUAGAGACUGAAGAUACGGUUACGUUAGGUAGCCGCUUUUCCAAAUCGUCGACGGAACGGGAGAAGAUCCUUCACAAACGGAAGGAGCACAUGAUACAACAGGCCAGGAAACGGUACAUCGAAAAGCAGAAGGCUGCUGCAACCGCCGUCAGAUGCGAAUUACAAAGUUGAAGAGAGAUACGGCACGACAGCGAAAGUUAUUGAGAAUUUCGUUAUGAUAUGAAUAAAAAAAAAACACUCAAGUGUCAGCUCAAUUCAGAAGAGAUAUAUCAUAAUAAACAAAAAUAUAUUUUUUACUUCCUAGCCUCGGAAAAACCCGUAUGUAGCCGUAUAAUAUAUUAGUAGAAGAGCGUGUAUCAUAAUAAUGUGUAAAUAAUUGUAUUUGUUGCAGUUGUAACUUAUUAUUUACUAAAUAAACACUUAUUUUUUUAAUUGCUAUGAGGUUUAAGAGUCUGUUUGCGCCUAUCCGUCUUCUUUCUUAUCUGCAUAUUGCAGCUAACUUAAUUUGUAUGUAUGUGACGUCACAGUUUAAAUAUUUCUGAAGGUUAUUAUUUGACUAUCUACGGUUAUGUAAUUUUGUAGUGGAAAAUGUGGAAACUGACUCUUGAACAUCGGUUAUGUUUUAAAAACGCCUAAUUUAUGAUCUCUGAAUAUGGUCAGAUGUCGAAUUUGCCAGGACGAUCGUCUGCUUAUAAUAUUUUCUAAUUCCUACCUCUGAAUCAAUUUUUAUUUCGGUAAAAACUGCGUUUUAUACAGCACGAUUUAUAUUUCACUGAAAUUGUCGGGAAUAACAGAAGUCCUUUUCAACCUUUUAGAUGCAUUAUUUUUUUUAAUAGUUGUGUCAUAACUCUACACGUUUCUCGGCAAUUAGACAACACAAUAUUAAAUGCAAAAAAUGUUAAGUGGUGGAAGAUGAUACAGACUAAACUGUGAGGUUUAUUGACCCAAAUAGUCAGAUAUCUUUUACCACUACUUUUGCAUUUGAUCGACGCGAUGUAAAAACGUAAUUUUUACCCGAAAUUCGACUUAAUAUAGCUCUAAUUAUUGGACACUGGCCAAAUUGAUGCUUAUGAACUUAUUUUACAACUGACGUAUACACUAGGAAUUUAAAAUAAACUACCUAUACUUAUAUAUACCUAAACUAUGAUAUAUUUUUAUAUAAAGUAAGGGAUAAGCAUAAACGUAUUACAAUAUUGACAAAUUACGCCCACUCCAUGAAUUAUAGUUGGUCAAGAUCAGGCGAUCUUGGUGGCUGUGGACGUACAAAAUGUCCAAUUAAAACAAUCGGCUUAAUUUGUCAAAGGUAGAUGCAAGCCAAGGACUAUAGACGUUAGUAUAUAAUCCUUAGAUGAGAACAUGUCCCUUACUCUAUACUAACCCACCAUAUUUCUUAAGUCUGUUUUUUUUUUGUAGUAGAUUUAGUAAUUUAAAGCAAUUGUGAUAGACUUUGAGAUUUCUUAAUUAUUAAUGCAGUAAACGCCUGUGUACUCUUAUCCUUAUCGUGGUGCGAACAAAUUUUUGUUUUUAAUUUUAUAUUUUUAUUUUUUGUUGAUAUUGUAUGUUAAAGGUUGUUUGUUAUUUAGAUGGAAUAGAACAAAAAUGUUAUUGAGACGAAAAUGGUUUUGAAACGAUUAAAAGAUCCUGUCAUUCUGGUUUAAGCAACACUACAGAUAUCUAGAGUCGUUCUCUUAGAGUGACUGUCAGUUUCAGAUCGCUAAAUUCUGUUAUUUAAAUCAAAAAGUCAUUACAGAUAUUUUUACUAAUCAUUAACAAAAUUACUUAGUCAACCAGGAAUACCAGUCACCUAUUCAUACACAGGAUAAGCAUUAGAUAUUUUUUGGCUUUUCGCAAUUUUGUUGCUUUGAAAUAUUAUUGUAAUGGUUUUUAAGAGCUUUUCAACGCUGAGAACGACUCUUGUGUCAGAUGAAGCCGAUACAAUAUUUUGAUUUGAUGGUAUUAAAAUAGCAAUGAUUGGGCUAAUAAGAUAUUUAGGUUUUUUUAUUAAUGUGGGGUUGUUAAAUUGUUGAAUGGUAAAUAAUUUUUAUUUUUUCAAAAUGAUAAAAACUUGGAUUUUUGUAUAUUCUUCCUCACCGAAUAAAAAGAAUGCAAUGGAAAGUUACUUUACAUGUUCAUUAAAUUUAUUCAAAAAUUGAUAUAUACCUAUAUAAUAUAUACAUUUAUUAUCCAUUCGUGCUUAUUUGCAAUAACGUAUAUUAAACAUUUUGACAGUCGAUAUCAAAUUUGCAAUCUAUUUUGACACUGGCUGUCAAUGUCGUAAUCCUUUAAACUUUUACAUAAAUGAUGAGCAAAAGUUAUCAAUAUAAUUAAUGAACAUGUUAAACAGCAAUGUAAGUAGACGCUAUACUUGGUCUUACAAAAAAUUAUUUCACAUUGUCAUUUUAAAUUUUCAAUUUAAAACUGUUUAAUAGCCAAUUAAAGAAAUUUAAUUUGCAACAAAUGAGCAUUUUGACGCUGGCUGUCGAUGUCAAAAGCAGUUGUUGCAUUGUCAGCUCAAAUUGAGAAGAGUACCUACAUACAAUUUUAUAGAACAACUAUACUGCAAAUGGGCGACGAAUGGAUUUUAAGAGCGCAAUUAAUAAUUAAUACUUAGUUGAUUAGUUUUUUCUCUGACGUGUUACAAAAAUAUUAUGGAAAAAGAAUUCUUGUUGUUGUUACAAACCCUUUCUUAUAUUAUAAAUGUAAACGAGAUAGACCCAUUUUUUGUAUUAGACAUUUCUAGAAUGACUAGAUACAAUUUUUCGAUAUAGGAAAAACGUAAUUGCCAUGCAAAUCUAUGUGUGCCAGAUACUGACGGCCAAAUUUGUGUAUCUUGUAUAUUCUUUAGCUUUAAUUACCUACCUUUAAUGUGCUACAAAAUUGUAGAUAUAUAAAUAUUAAAUAUACAUAAUUAAUGAUUG